AAUUCUGGGCAGUCGGAUCUUGGGCUUGUGGGCACGAGAUCCAGCGCCCGCGGAUGUCUGACAAACACCAGGCUACCAAGAGAACCUGACGUUUCGGCUGACGACAGGGCAGAAGGCCGGUACGGCCCCGGCCUGUGCUGCAGGACGGUGGGAGAGGGCGUCCCUGCUCUUCGUUAUUUCUCCCGAAGAUGCUCCGUUUAUUCUCCUGCUCCCGCCGGCCCUCCCAGGUUCCUUUGCUUUUCCCAGAAGCGUGAUCCCUGCGCGAUCCCGUCCAGGAUCUGCGGAAGGGGGCGCGCCAGCGGCGCGACUGUGACCGAUGGUUCUCCUCCCUCUCCCCCUCCCCUUGCUGGGCGCCUCAGUCUCCCGGCUCCUGCCGCGGCUCCUUGGACCGGGAUCCUCCUCCUCCUCCUCCGCCGCCACCGCCAUGUCGACCGCCCGGACCCUCAAAUCUGUGGACUACGAGGUGUUUGGCAGAGUGCAGGGUGUCUGCUUCAGAAUGUACACAGAAGGUGAAGCUAAGAAGAUGGGAGUUGUUGGCUGGGUUAAGAAUACUAGAAAAGGAACGGUAACAGGCCAAGUUCAAGGUCCUGAAGAUAAAGUCAACUCCAUGAAGACCUGGCUAAGCAAAGUUGGGAGCCCCAGUUCUCGUAUUGAUCGGGCUGACUUUUCCAAUGAAAAGACCAUCUCCGAACUUGAGUACACUAAUUUUAGCAUUAAAUACUAGUGAAGAAGUUCUUAGAAUAAAAUUAUAAUGCUUAUGUGCCAUAAUAGGUUCCAUACUCUAUUAAAUCCAUAAAAGGGAAUAAUAGUGCUUUGUAUUUCCAUUUAAACAAUGGAAAUUUGUUCUAAAAAAUGUAAAACCAUAAUGUUACUAAAAAUGCCUGGCACUGAAAUAAUUUAGCUCGAAUAUUUUUGAAAAGAAUAAAAGUAGGAUUGUAAAAUGAGAAAAUACCAGCAAUGUACUGUAUGAGUAUCUAGUUUAACUUUAGCCCACAAGGUCUUGGAGUUGAAUGCACAUGACAAUAUGAAUAUUGUUUCACUAUCCAUCACAUAAUAAAGUUAACUAUUUAAAAAUGAAA